AUGAGCUUAGUCAUUGAGGAUGGAGGGCCAGUGAUGAUGUCGUUGCCUAUUCUGCAGGAUGCUAUAAAGCGACAAUCAGGUGCGUAUGAGAGUGAUUUUCGCGCUCAGUAUGUUUCUUUGAAAAGUCGAAUAGAGCAGUUCGAAACUUCCCCACAAAAGGCUGACAAAGAGUUCCAUGAGUUGGUAAUGUUUUGUGCACAAGUGGGUUACUUGUAUGAUGGAGUAGUAGAUGAGUUAAGCCGGACCAUGUUGCGAUUAUUAUUGACAUACCAUCAAUUAGCGCGUCCGGGACAUCUAAAGACGAUACUAGGAGCUCUAUGUCUAUUGGACAAUAAUGACCAUAUAGACCGCAAGAUCCUUUUCAAUGGAUGGUUAGAACUAUUGCAAUUGGAGCAUGACCUAAUUCCCUCUAUUGUGAUGAAACAAUUUACCAAGACAUUAGGUCGUAUAACGAGCGAUCAAGAUAAGAAACUAUGGCAAGGAAAACUCUUUCAGAUGAUGGGUACAAACAAGAAAUCUACAUCUCAUGAUAUUACUACUACAGGUCAUAAUUUGACAGGUCAUAAUUUGACAACAACAUCUCUCUUCCGACGUCGAUUACAGUUUAUAUUAAUAUCGCUUUUUGUUAAGCGCAUCUGGGAAGAUAAGAGAACCGCGAAUACAAUUGCCAAUGGAGUAUUCGAUAGUUGUCCAAAGGUCGUAGAGAAUGCUGCAAGGUUCUUAUUAGGUGACAUUAAACGAUUAAAUGUUUAUCAUGCUGAAAAUAAGCAAGAUCAAGAGGUCGAACCGGAAGAGGCUCGACGAAAGACAGCGGAGCUAAUUGCGGGUAUUUCGAGGGAGUUAUGUCAUAACAAUAAGACGGGUAAGAAUCUAAAGAAAAUGGAGAAGAUGAAAGAAGCAGCGGAAAAGGAAAUGUCCAAAUUAGAAACAAAAGUUGAUUUAAAUAGUACGCUACCAUUUGUAGUAUUACAACAUGUUUAUGACCCUCAUCUAUUUGCUUUGAGAGUGUUUACUCGGGCGACAAGUAAAAGUUUUACAACUGGUGAUGGACGUAUAUCAAGAUUAAGCUUUAGACUCAAGCUUCAAUUAUUGACUAUUUGUUCACGUCUUAUUGGAACACAUGGAAUUUAUAUUCCUGGUUUCUUUACAUUUUGUCAUCCAUAUUUAAAGCCUACACAAGAAAAGAUUACUGGACUCAUGGCUAUAAUAUCUCAGGCUGUUAAUAAGGUAACACCUCCUGAGGAGCUACAACAAACCACUCGAUUAAUAGCAAACAUGUUUGCUAUUGAAUCAUGUGCUAAUGAAGUGAUAACCGUUGGUAUAAAUAGUAUUAGGGAAAUGUGUUCAAGAAAUACAUUAGCUAUAACAUCAGAAUUACUUACAGACUUAAUCACUAUGGGUAAAGAAAGCAAAAACUCCAGCGUUCGAAUCGCGGCAAAGUCACUUAGAAAUCUUUAUAGGCAAAAUAAUCCAAGCAUGCUACCCCGGAAGGAUAGGGUCCAUGCGGGAUCUGACCUUAAACUACACAAUGGAAAAGACGAAAACCAACCAACCAGUAUGAUUGAAGGGCUCGACAUCUUAGUAGGUCUCAAACAGGCCUGGCACAAUCAAAACCACCAACACAUGACUGAGGAUGAUCAAGCACACGUACAGAGAGUUUUGGACAUUCAGAAAUCGAAAGUACUAUCAAAUCGAGACUUCCAAGCUCUUCGACGAAUCAAGAUUAAAAUGCUCGCAGCACAAUCCGUCGGAUACUCACUACGACAAUGGCUCGACUCCAACGAUGGGGCAUGGGAACAGCUCGCGGAAGAUAUUCUAGGUCUCAAACCUGGCCAAGAUGACAACCUUCAGGACGACGACCUUCAGGACGACGACCUUCAGGACGACGACCUUCAGGACGACGACCUUCAGGACGACGACCUUCAGGACGACAACCUUGAUGAUGAUAAGAAGGAGGAGGAGGACGAGUCCGAUGAUAAGGAUCAAAGCGAUGAUGAAAUCAAGGAUGAUGAAACAGAUACUCACGAAACAGGGAGUGGAAGCGAGUCCGGAACCGAAAGUGAUUUGUUCGCGGAUGAAGAUGGCAUGGCUCUGGACGAUGACGACGACGACUCCAGUGGUGAGCGAGAGCGCUUCAUUCUAGGUUCUGACUUGGGCAAUUUGAAGGUGCUGUCAAAGGAGCGAAAGCGUGAGCUUGUACGAGCUGGCAAAAUUGAAGAGAAACAAAAACGGAGAGCUCAGAGACAUGGCGGCAAAGAGACUAACCGUGCAGGUAUCACGAACAGAUCUCAGGCGAGAAAUAAGCCCAUGGCAAUGCUUCGACAAAAGCAGUCGAUCAGAGAAAAACGAGUGGCCAGUGCGAAAGACAAGGUCAGCAACCUCAAGAAUCAUAUCAAGACAUUGAAGACAAGCAUACGGCAAAAAUUCAGAAGGAAGUAG